AUGACUGAAACUCCCCCAAAAGCGUCAGAAACGUUCGAUCUUGACUCAAUUCUCGUCGAAUUGGGAUCUUUUGGAAAUUAUGUCUUUACUGCGGGAGUCGUGCCUCAUAGAUGUGCAAUUCCUGAAUGCGAAUCGUCGUCAAAUCCCAAAGAACAUUGGAUUUCGUUCAGUAUUCCUCAAAAACCUUAUGACGAGACGCCAGAAUCAUGUUCACGAUUCAGCACAUUAGCACCUUCUUGCACAGCUGACUCGUUUAAUCGUUCGAUGGUUGUUGCGUGCGAUGAAUUAGUCUUCGACACAGAGGAGAUCACAAUAUCGAACGAAUGGAAUAUCACGUGCGACGAGAACAAAUGGAAAUUAUCAAUUGUUGGAACAAUUAACAAUAUCGGGCAAUUUAUUUGCACAUCUAUCACAGGAAUACUUUCCGAUCGUUAUGGGCGACGAAUUACUUUGAUCGCUGGAUUGAUGUUUGGCGGGAUUUUCGGGAUUUUACGAGCUUUGUCGCCGAAUUAUUUGACUUUUGUGCUUUUUGAGUUCAUGGAUACACUUUUUAGUGCGGGAACAGCUUCUGUCGCCUUCGUACUUGGAAUGGAGUUUCUUCCUUCGAAACAUCGAACUAUCGGGGGAUUGACAUUUAGUGCUCUUUAUCCCGUUGGAGGCAUGAUAAUCGCUCUUUUAGCUUAUUUGCUUCAAAAUUGGCGAUAUUUAUUAUUAGCAUUAUACGUCCCGGCGCUUUUUACGAUCUUUUUGUAUUGGAUGAUCUCUGAAAGUAUGAGAUGGUUACACACAAAAUCACGAAUUGAUGAAAUUUCGGAGAUAAUUCAGGCUGCUGCGAAGAUGAAUAAUGUGCAACUUUCAGAAAAAUCGCUUGAAAUGUUGAAAAAUCCUCGAAAAUUAGAUGAAAAUGCAUCAGAGGAAAAGCGAGAAACGCUCCUUUCGAUCUUCAAGUACAAACGGAUGUUCUUCAUUUUCGUCAAUAGCACUUUUUGCAUGUUAGUGAACACUUUGGUAUACACAGGCUUGAGUUUAUAUGCCGUUCAUUUAGGAGGAAACAAAUAUUUGAACUUUACAAUUGUUAAUUUGAUUGAAUUGCCGUCACAUGUUUUGGCAUAUUUUCUCUUGGAAAAGGCAGGGAGACGAUAUUCGAUGUCAAGCACGAUGAUUUUGGCAGGAAUUUUUUGCUUUACGACAGAAAUGCUUCCUGUUGGUAAGAAAUUAUUAUUUGGGCCCAUUCAGCAAACGUACUAA